AUGGAGGAAAAGAAGAUCGAGCCGGUCCAAACGACGACCGAGCCAUUGCCUGCCUAUGGCGACUCGGAACCCACUCGAGGCACCUGGACGCAGCGCGUCGCAGAUAGCUUCAAGCGGGACCCCAAUGCCCGCGUCACUGGCGGUCACUCUGCCGGUGCCGACGGCUCUGGCUUCGAUCUCGAAACCGCCGCACAGAACACCGCCGAAUCGCCUUUACAACGUACUUUGAAGGGUCGUCAUCUUCAGAUGAUCGCCAUUGGUGGUUCCAUCGGUACUGGUCUAUUCGUCGGAUCGGGCUCAGUCCUGGCGGCUGGUGGCCCCGCGUCUGUCCUCAUCGCGUAUGUUCUCAUCGGUAUUAUGCUCUACUGUACAGUCCACGCUCUUGGUGAAAUGGCCGUCUUGUUCCCCGUUGCUGGUUCUUUCUCACAUUACUCGACUCGUUUCAUCGACCCCGCCUGGGGUUUCGCUAUGGGUUGGAACUAUGCUCUGCAGUGGCUGGUCGUUUUACCCUUAGAAAUUGUCGCGGCCUCUAUCACCGUCGAUUACUGGAGUCCCAAUGUCUCGAACGCCGCAUGGGUCGCGAUAUUCUGGGUCUUGAUCGUUUCUAUCAACAUGUUCGGUGUUCGAGGUUAUGGUGAAGCCGAAUUCGUCUUCUCGAUCAUCAAGGUCACCGCCGUCAUCGGAUUCAUUAUUCUGGGCAUCAUUCUCAACUGUGGUGGCGGCCCUGAGGGGGGCUACAUCGGUGGUAAAUACUGGCACGAUCCUGGUGCUUUCCACAACGGCUUCAAGGGUCUUUGCAGUGUCUUUGUCAACGCUGCCUUCGCUUUUGCUGGAACUGAGCUGGUCGGUCUCGCCGCUGCUGAGACUGCCAACCCCCGCAAGUCCCUUCCCACCGCCAUCAAGCAGGUCUUUUGGCGUAUCGCCCUGUUCUACGUUGUCUCCCUCACCCUCGUUGGCCUUCUGGUCCAGUAUAACGAUCCCCGCCUGGUCAGUGGCACCUCGUCCGCCGACGCCAAGGCAUCUCCCUUCGUCAUUGCCAUUGAGAACGCCGGUAUCUCGGGUCUGCCUUCGGUGAUGAAUGUGGUCAUCAUGAUUGCCGUCCUAUCUGUUGGUAACUCCUCAGUCUAUGGUGCUUCCCGUACCCUGGCUGCUCUCGCCGAGCAGGGCCAGGCUCCUCGCUUCCUCGCCUAUAUUGACCGCAAAGGUCGUCCCAUGUUUGCUAUCCUUGUCUCCUCAGCUCUAGGUCUGCUCUGCUUCCUAGCGGCCUCGGACAAACAGACCCAGGCUUUCGAGUGGAUGAUGGCCAUUUCCGGUCUCUCGUCCAUCUUCACCUGGGGCUCUGUCUGCCUUUGCCACAUUCGCUUCCGUCGUGCCUGGAAGAUCCAGGGCCACAGCCUGAAUGAGCUGGCAUUCCGCUCUCAGCCCGGCGUCAUCGGAUCGUGGAUCGGCUUCUGCUUUAACUGCCUCGUAUUGGUCGCCCAAUUCUGGGUCGGCUUUGCUCCUGUCGGUUAUGCUGAGGAGAGCGCAUCUGCCCUGGUGGAGAACUUCUUCUCCGUUUACCUCGCCGCGCCGGUCGUCAUUGCGUUCUACGUCCCCUACAAGAUCUGGUACCGCACCAAGGUCGUGCGCUCGCGUGACAUGGAUCUGCAGACCGGUCGCCGUGAUCUGGAUCUUCAGGAUCUUGUUGAGCAAGAGAAGGCUGAGCAGGAGGCAUGGCCGAAGUGGAAAAAGGUCUACAAGUUCUUCUGUUAG